CACACAAAGACUCAGCCGAUGGCAGUGUAGAACGGGCCAGAACAGAGCAAGAGACAGAGCCGCUGCAGAGGGUUUAGGAGACCAACAAACAGCAUAAAACAGAUAGCCAGGAGUCCAGCAUGCGCGCCCUGGUAGUUCUCCCUCUAGUCCUGUGUGUGGUGGUGUGUGUGCAUCAGGCCAGAGCAGAAGGGAAGGCAGUGAAGCUGUGCGGUCGAGAGUUCCUGAGGGCUGUCGUCUACACUUGCGGAGGCUCCCGCUGGAGGAGAUUCUUCAGUGAUCCAGAGAUGGACGGUCAGCCUGCAGGUGAGCAGAACAGCUUGGAAAGCAGUCCUGGAUAUGAGCAGAGCAAACGGGACAUUAAUAACGCCGUGACCAGCAUGUGCUGUCAGGUGGGCUGCAGGAAGAAUGACCUCUCUUACCUCUGCUGAAGACCUCCUGAAGGACUCUCCCAUCUUGCGUCGUCGCUAAAAACACAAAUCCGAGGCAUCUCACUGUGUCCUACACGUGUACAUGUGAAUGUGGAGCAUCUUUUAAAUUGUGUGUUUGAACCCAAACUGGAGAACAUGUGUUAAAAAUGUGUUUAAUUAUAUUUUAAAUGGAGAUGUUAUUAAAGCAUGUAAGACCGAUGACUCAGACUGUGUCUUGAACUUGUGUUCUGACUAAAUCCAAAGAUUUUCCAUUCUUGUUUUAAAGCUGACUUGUACUCUAUAUUUUACAAAUGUCAAAAUAAAUGUUCUUGCACCAGG